GACAUGACUGCUCAAGGCAUUAGGCCGUCUAGGGCUUCUCUUUUGAAGCUGCGAGAGCAGACAAGCCCGGUGGCUGGGCCGGAUUGUUCGAGCGGAGAUGGGGCACGGAGGCAACAAUGUCAUCCCGAAUGUGCACUUCCGCAAGGUCAACGGCAUGAUGGGCCCGGGCCGCUGGAACCGCCACAUGAUGAAGACCUGGCUGGACCAAGCUGGCCGCAAGAAGCGCCGCGCCCUGAACCGGAAGAAGCGCGCGGCGAAGCUCUCGCCCCGCCCGGCCGCUGGGCUGCUGAGGCCGGUCGUGCACCCGCCCACGCAGCGCUACAACAUGAAGCUGCGCCUCGGCAAGGGCUUCACCCUCGAUGAGCUGAAGGAGGCGAAGAUCCCAGUCAAGAAGGCCAUGACCAUCGGCAUCGCCGUAGACCACCGCCGCCGCAACCGCUGCGCCGAGAGUCUUCAGGUCAAUGUCGACCGCCUAAAGCUGUACAUGUCCAAGCUGCUGGUCUUCCCGCGCAAGUCCGGCAAGAAGGGCGUCAAGAAGGGCGACACGCCCAAGUCGGAGCUGCAGAACGUCGCGCAGAACACCCUCAAGGAGAUCAUCCCCAUCCCCAAGCCGAGCACCGAGCUCGAGGCGCGUGCCAUCACCGCCGCCGAGAAGGAGGCGUCCGCCUACAAGAAGCUCAAGAAGGCCCGCACGGACCUCAAGUACGACGGCGCCAAGCGCAAGAAGGCCAGCGCCGGCAAGGAGGAGUAGAGCAGCGAUCAGCCGGAGUCCGCGCGCGCUCUGGCGCCCCGCCGAGUGGCCGUGCCUCCGCCCCUGCCUCUGCCGUCGUCGCUCGCCUCGACACUGGCCUCAGCUCUCAUCUCUCCUCCUCCUCUUCCCCCUACUCCUUUCCCCCCCCCUCGACCUCCAGCGUCCACCAGCUCAGAACUCAGCACUCCGACCUCGGCAAACAAGGCCUACAUGCACUGAGGGCUACAGCCCCCCCGCGCAUGCCCUGACGGGCCCCGCCCACGGUGGUACCGCUCGCGCUCGCUCUCUCUCUCUCUCUCUCUCUCUCUCUCUCUCUCUCUCUCUCUCUCCCCCCCCCAUGGCCGCAGUUGUGGUUGCGUCAGAAAAGCCCUAAGUAUGCAUCCCCACCAUGUAGCGUAAAGCAAGAGCCAGGAUCAC